UUUUUUGUUCGCUUACCAGGAACGCUAAGAAUGACGACGUGACAGAAUUCACUUGGAUUUGGACCGUCCACUUGUUGGACAUAUAUUUGUAUUCAACUUGAAAAAAUUGUAGUUUAAUCUUCCUAUUCUUAGAGCAGCAAGAACAAGAUCAAGUCUUGAUAUCGACAUGACAUUGUUAUAAACUAAAAUUUUUUUCUUUAUUCUUGGACGAUAAUGCAAGAUAUAAUCGACUACGUUCCUUUCAUCGAUAUCCACAAGAUGUUGAAGCCGGUGAAAGAAUACGAUGAAGUCAACAGCGUUCAAUUUCAAGAUUGCUGCGACUUUAUUGAAGAUCAGCAUGCUCUUGUACAUGGAGUUUUCGACUAUGGUGAUGAUGUCGCGGAUUCCACUUGGUACGGACGCAGAGUUCUUGAACAUGAACAUGAUCAUGAGUAUCAACGAACCUUUCGGAAGAAGGGCAACUUCUUCUACUGCUAUCGUCGUAGAGGUGGACAAGAAGCUCAUCGUCGAGGUGGACAAGAGGCUCAUACGGUUAGAACAAGAACACGUCGUCCAGCUGGAGUUCGUCGGCACCACCGCGGCUAUCCUUCUGCAAGCGGCACGACCAUCAAAAUCUUGAAUGUGCCGCGCUUGAUUUUUUUCCAAAUCCGAUUCCUCCUGCUCUACAUGUUGCACCAGGAGGUUUUCUGCUCCCAAGGUGGAGAGGCUGGUGGAGGCACAUCAACUCCCUAUCUUAGUACCACUUCAAGAACGACGAGCACAACACUUUCCUAUGAAACAACUUUGAUGUACAAGCACUUCUAUGCAAAGGACUUCUACAAGGACAUGGACGAGAAAGGCGAAAAAUAUCCAGCGACUUACAACUCCUACAACUACGACAGCGACACCAAGAAUAUAUCACCUCCUGUACUACAAUCUCCUUCGUGGAAUGUCGAGUCUAGUAGACCGCAUUCGACUUCGGCUGGCUCCGCUGUCGACGUCUCCUAUAAAGGAGACGUAGAUGUUGCAAAGCCUUAUCAUGAUGAAGAAAAUCAUCGUCUACUAGUAGAAAAAUAUGAUCAUUUGAUCAUGAACGGCACUACCGCCUGUACGAAAGCUACUUCGUCAACUGCUGCGAGCUCAUCAUCCGGCAUCUCAACGUCUACUCCCUCAUCUUCGCUGAUGACCCCAUACAAUAUGUCACAUCCUGAUCCUUUUGUUGAUGGCAAUAAUAUCAAUAUGUUCAUGCCCGACAUGGAGACGCCUAGUACUUUGCCUACUUCGCAACAAGUAGAGCCUUCAGGAGUGGCAGAAGCGUCUUUCUUGCAGCACCUGAACAGAGAGGACAAGUUUGACGUUGUCGACGGGCCUCCAAAUAGUCAUGGUGCCGCAGCGCGUAAUGAGGCAGGAGGGGUAACAAAAUUAUCGCGACCUCGUACUUCUGCGAAAAAGCGCUUCUCAGAAGUAUCGUCCUUUCUCUCUGCGUCUUCAUCUUAUCAACAUGGCGAUACGCCUGGAGCCCGUCGUGUGAAAGAACAGUUAAGGGCUUUAUUUUUCUUAGAUCUUGUUGUCCAAAUCUGGUUUUCUAACUUCAGCUCAUCACACGCUGCACUUUUCUCCUUGUUUCUCGAAUUUCAUUGUUGCGACUAACACUAAAACUAAUGGUUGUUCCUUUACUUAGAUCUUCUUAAUAUACUCCCAUCCACGAGGACCACGACCUAUGAUGUAUGACGUAGAUGUGUGUCUCUACUACUUUUUCAUCUUCCCUCUAACUCUUCAAGAGGCAGAGGAGAUGCUGGUCAGAAGCAUGGUCGCUCCGUUCAGAGGAAAUUUUGGGAAAGACGACAUAUCUGCUGCAUUCUAUGGCGAUCGACAACAGAACACUCACAAAAUCAAUCUAGCACGAUGGGAGGAGGCAACAAAGACCGACAAGCACAGAAAUCCUGCAUCCACCUCUGUAGCGCACAGACUGAAAACAUGCCUUGACUUAAGGCUGAGGUCGAGAAAGAUAUCUGUUACACUAUCUGAUUACCGUGAAGAUUUUGGUCAACAUCUGUUUUGAUACAAAUAUUGGAUUAGCAACAACUAUUAUUACUAGUGUGCUAGUAUUACCUUUACCUGCUCCAGUAGUAGAGCAUGCGCAUUCUACUUAAGUAUUUGUUAUUUUCAACACCGACGUAGCACUUAGUUUUAGUUAUAGGCCAUACAUCAAUCAUCAACAGGUGGAGCUUCUUUUUAGUGCUUCCUCGUGGUUGUAACUGUAGUCUUUCACCUCUAAUCGGAGCGUCGACAUCGAAAGUAAAGGGAAAUUUCGCGCGUGUCAUGGAGAGCAAGGCAAAAGCAAAGCUACUUCAAUUUGAAAGCGGAGCGCCUCCUCCUCCACAGCGUUUCAUCAAAGACUACUACAAAUCUGACGCCGAUUGGUCAGCUACUUUGCGAAGCAAUGCCAUCGCGAUGUGCUUACAAGACGCAAUACUUUACUCCUCCAUUCUUCGACAGGCUUCCUCUCUCCUGUGGUCUUCUCACCGUCUUCCUAAAGACCAGGUUCCGCAGGAGGAGAUGACCCGCAUCCAAAGCCUAAGGAGUACAACUUGGAACGUCAAGCGCGUUAUCGUCCCUGCCGUCGAGGGAAGGAGAGAAGCCCCAGGGACAUUGCCAACAGUGACUCAAGCCUCUCAAGGACGAACACUAGUAUAAUAACCUUAUUCUAUAACUAUAACUACUAGUACUAGUACACUACUUUCAAUUUCAUCAACGUUUGAGUUUGGAACGUCCUAUUGAUGAAACGAAAAAGAACUGCAUUUUUAAUGAUAUAAUCAGGAAAGAGUAACUGUAACGUUGAAGAUGUAGUUAGUUGAUCUUCGAAGGGCUGUCGUUUGGGUUUGUCCUCUUCAAGAUGAUAAGGCUCUUUUAUGUUGUCAGGAGCGCACUGCCACUGGUAAAUAUUACUGGUUAUCUCGCGCUCACGCAGUUCAUAGUCACAUACUCUCAUUACUACAACCACUUGUUUCACCUCGACGUCCUUUUCAACAACUACAGCCACGAAACGAACAGUCUGCUCCAGCACGAGGAAUGGUGUCGAAAAGUUUCGAUGUACAAUUGUUCUCGAAUUUGGAAGCCAUCCCGAUAAUUUCUCCUCUACAUUCUCGUCAUGGGACCACCUCCACCCCUGCAGCUGCAGAGCUGCCACGACAUGCCUCUGAAAGUUCAAUAUGGGCCUCGCCACAUGAUGAAAGUUCUGCAGCCUUGUCUCUGAGUAAUCCGGGUGGUCCGCAGACUAAUUCUUUGUUGACCUUUUUGACCAUGCUUGGGACCGAAGAACCCUCGGAGGAUUUUCUCAAGAAACUCCUCGAACAAAUGGCCUCUAGAACAAGAACAACAUUAAGGCUAUUCCUAAGGCUUCCCCUGAUCCAUCUCUGUAGACAGGAGCCCUCAAGCAUAUGCAUGCGCCCCUCGUCCAAUAGUACGGGGAGAGACGAGAGGCUGACAACGCAUUAUAUGCUUGACGGAUAA